AUGAUGAUGAUGAUGCGCCGUGUGAUGUGUGUGUUGGCCGUUGUGCUGUGCUGUGCUUGCGGGUAUACCAUGACAGCUGCUGCUACUACUGCUAAUACUAAUGGACACCCAAAGGCGGCGAUGUCGUUUUUGGGAAGUUUUUAUCCCGAGAUCAAUUAUAGUGGAUCGGCGAAAGAGAAGAAAAGUGAAGAAGCAAAAGCAUUAGCAGAGAGUACUUUGGCAGAAGAGGCGCGAUCACCUGUGGAGGUACAGGAAUCUACUUUACUCACUAAUGAAGAGUCUCCUUGUGGUGGUGAUGCUGUUGGUUCUUCCAGUACCACAUGUCCUUCUGUUCGUCCUCCUGCUCCUCCUGGUGUUUCUCAACCACAAGCAGGCCUUCUUGUUAAAGGAGAACCACCUGCUAAUGCUGUUGCUGGUCUUCAAGGUGAUCUCAGUAAGGGAGAUAAACAUCUUGGUGUUAAGCUUCCUAGUGUUAGUGGUACUUCAUCUGGGACUGGUUCUCUUGGUUCUCUUGAUCCUUCUACCGUUUCUCUUACAGAAUCUCAAGGUGGUGGAGGGAAUAAUGGUCUAGGUGGUCACGGCCAACCAUCCACUGUAGAUAGGGGUACACUUGGAAGAGAUAGUCAAACACUGACAGAUUCUUCUGGGGAACUUCCACGUAAAGAGAAAGAAGCGAUGCAAGAAAAAGAGAUGUCUAACAUGGAUCCAAAGAGAAGAGAAGGGCCUCAUAAGCCCGCAGAAAAUCAACCUGGUCGUGGAGACUCCGUUCAAACUCCAAGACAAGAUAGUGAACAUUCUCUUCCUCCUGCACAAGCUCCUGAUGGACCAGUUACUUCUACAUCUCCUACGGCUGAGGAGCGUGUUGAUGUGCCUACAGCUGAAGGUGGAAGUGGAGCACCACAACCAUCUCCUCCCACUUCAGCCACAGGGAGUUCCGAUGUUUCUGAUGCUAUGGCGACUAAGAAUAAUACUCCAUCUGCAGGAACUGGAUCAACAGGCACCCAAGAAAGUGAUGCAGAAAAUACAGAAUCAACCACAACAAACUCCACAACACUUCCUCCUGAACUCGCAAAUAACAAGAAGGGUGAUGCAGACAGCAGCAGCAGUAUCAGCAGUUCUGUGUGGGUGCGUGUGCCACUACUGAUUGUGGUUACACUGGCCUGUAUUCUUGUGUGCUGA